UCUCCUCUCUUUCGGCAGCUUUUCGUCCGACUCGGAGCUCUGCCUGAACCAGCAACUCCAAACUCUCUCCAUUCUCAUUAAACCGGCGAACCGCGCUUUUUACGCACAGACUUUACGCACGGACUUUUACGCGUAAACUUGGAUGUUUUUGGGCAUCACCUGUGGAUUUGUCCAUUUUCCAUCCACGUUUAUAUCCGAACAUUUUCUUCUGAGCUGCUAAACAACAACAAACUCCGUGCAUAAGGUCUCUUUGUGAUGACCUCACUGCUGCUGCCCUGCUCCACCAUGAAGGACCUCAGCUCGCCUCCUCUCUCCUCCUCUCCUCUCUCCUCCUCUCCCCUGUCCUCCCUCCUUCACUUCCAGACCUCCGCCAAGGCCUCCCCCUCCUCCGUCGCGUUCAACCCAUCAUCCGGUCAGACCACGCCGGGAUCCCACCUCAAACCCCCGGCCUUCUCCCUGCAGAACGGACCUCACCUCAUCGCCAGCAUGCACCUCCAGAAACUCAACUCUCACUACCAGAACCUCCACCAGAACCUCCAGCAGACCCUCCACCAGACCCCGGCGUCGCACAGAGGCUUCCCCCAGACGCAGCUCUCCUCGGUGGGUCAGAACAUGGGACCCAACGCGCCCAUCGGAGGAGGUGCCGUCAACCACAGCCAGGGGGCGCUAGAUUCAGACGUAGUGGACGAGGAGGUGCUCAUGUCCCUGGUGGUGGAGCUGGGGUUGGAUCGCAAUAAUGAACUUCCAGAACUUUGGCUGGGACAGAAUGAGUUUGAUUUCAUGUCCGACGUUCCUGCUGGAUGCUGA